AUGGCCAACAACAGCCCCUCUUUGUCCAAGAAGUCCAGCAUUGUAAUCAUUGGCGCGGGAACCUUUGGGAUUAGCACCGCGUAUUUUCUAGCCAAACGCGGCUACGCGAACAUCAAAUGCCUCGAUCGCCACCCUCCGCCGAGUCCCGACUCUGCGGGGUACGACUUGAACAAAAUCAUCAGGACCGAGUACGAUGAGCCCCUUUACACCGAGCUCGCACUCGAAGCCCUCAAUGCUUGGCGGCAACCCGAGUGGCGUGGCAUCUUCCACGAGACAGGCCGCAUCGUGACAACACUAGGGGAUCCUCUCGCGGAGAAGCAUCUCAAGGAGUCUUACGAGAACCUGAAAAAGGCAGGGCAGGCCGGCAGCCUCGAGCUGGUCGAGGGCAAGGAGCAGAUUGCCAAGCACGUUCCCCAGCUGCGCGAUGCGGACGGGAUCGAGAACUGGAAGGGGCUCUGGAACAGCCAAGGCGGAUGGGCGCACGCGAAAAAGUCGCUCGAGAAAUGGGGUCGAGAGGCGCAGGAUAUGGGCGUCCGCUUCGUAUCGGGACCUGGGGGCACCAUGGUCGGGCUCAAAGUUGACGGUACGGGCAAGCUUGAUGGAAUCAGCGUUGCUUCAGGCGACAUUGUGCGUGCCGACAGGUACAUACUCUGCACCGGAGCGGCGUCGCCAGAGGUACUCCCCGAGCUAUCCAGGGAGAUGUGGACGAAGUGCUGGUCCUUGGCGCACGUUGAGCUGAGCGACGAGGAAGUUGCCCAAUGGAAGGGGAUCCCCGUUGUCGACAACUUCGAGUUGGGCUUCACCUUUGAACCAGACCCCGAGACUAGAUGGAUGAAAAUCUGCGACGGAUCCCCCGGCUACCAAUACCGAGUCGGGACUUACACCGAUCCUUCGGGCAAAGUCGAACACUACUCGAUCCCUCGAUAUGCCAGUACACAUCCCGAGGACGGCAUCCCUGAAGAAGCCGCCCGGGCCAUAAACCGCUUCAUCGACACCGUCAUGCCACAGUUUUCAGGGCGGCCACUGCUGGGUGCGAGAGUCUGCUGGUGUACCGACUCUCCCGACGCCCACUGGCUGAUUGACAACCACCCAAAGCACCCAUCUCUCCUGCUGGCCACUGGUGACUCGGGGCACGCCUUCAAGAUGUUCCCGAUCAUCGGCGACUAUAUCUCGGAUGCUUUGGAGGGCAAGGAAAGGGGCCUGAGGAGGGAGUGGAGGUAUGGCAACAGGCAGUCGAAGCCCGUCGCGACUCGCCUAGGCACUGAAGUCAAGGACCUGAGAGAUGUAAUGCGCCUAAAGACGACAUAA